GCCUCUGCUGUGGAGCCCAGUGAUGGUGGUGGAACUGGUGGUGGAGUGGCUGCUGCGAUGAGGACCAUCAGAGUGGGCGGCUUUGGAGGUGGACGACCCACCCUAGCAGAGCUCAGAAAGCUGAACGAACCAGGACCAGAUGAACAGCUUGGUGGGGAGAAGAAGGCCUUUGGUAGUGACAAAGCUUCAGGAAAAGGCCUUCGAUCCGGCGCAAGCUGUUUGGAAGUCUUGCAAAAGCGCUCCGUGCUGGUUGCGGUGCGCGCCCGUCCCUUGAACGACCGAGAGAAGGCCGAAAAAUCCAGCGAGUGUCUGACCUUCCAGGAUGUCACGGGCCUUACACUUCACCGUGAUGAUGAGAGGGAACACAAGUUUGCUUUCGACUGCGUGAUGUCUCAAGACAUUGGUCAAAGAGAAGUCUAUGACAGGACAGCGAGACCGUUGCUUCACAAAGUUCUGGAGGGAUACAAUGGCUGUUUGUUUGCCUAUGGGCAGACCGGCUCCGGCAAGACCUUCACCAUGCAAGGUGCUGGGGAUCAGCCAGGAAUCAUCCCAACGCUCUGCAAGGAGCUCUUCAACGAGAUUCAGGAGAGCGCGGCAACGAAGCACAUCACUGUCGUCUGCAGCGUCCUGGAGAUCUACAACGAGAAAGUGAAGGAUCUGUCCAUCGAGUCAGGGGAUGACCUCACCAUCCGAGAGGAUAGCUCCGCAGGCGGUCGUGGAAUCCACGUUGAAGGACUCACUGAGGUUCAGGUUAAAAGUGGCCAAGAGGUUUUGGACUGCAUCGCCAAGGCACAGCAGAGAAGGGCCGUUGGGAAGACCAACAUGAACGAGCACAGCUCGCGCUCUCACUCCGUUGUGACGCUGCGGAUCGGUGCAUGUGAUUGCGAUGACGUGGAUGGCGCCACGCUGACAGUCUCAAAGUUGCAUCUCAUCGAUCUGGCGGGCAGCGAGAGGCAGAAGGCCACAGGCGCCACAGGAGAUCGCUUGAAGGAAGGUGCACAAAUCAACCUGUCACUCUCAGCAUUGGGGAAUGUCAUCAAUGCAUUGACGGAGAAGACGGGUUCAGGUCGACACGUGCCAUACCGGGACUCGAAGUUGACGCGACUGCUGCAGGAUUCGCUGGGUGGGAACUCCUACACUGUCAUUAUCUGCAAUGUAUCUCCUGCAAAGAUCAAUGCUGAAGAGACCUUGUCAAGUCUACGCUUCGCUGAACGGGCGAAGAAGAUCGAGAACAAGGCCGUGGUGAAUCGAGAUCCGAAGGGGGAACGAAUUCUGGAAUUGCUCCAAGAGAACAAGGCCUUACGUGCCAAAGUUGCGAGACUCGAGGCUCACAUCGAUCGUCUGGAAAUGUACUACGAUAAAUGA